AUGGUCAAGGAAACCCAAUUUGAGUCAACAGAAACAAAGAAAGGAAAUUUGUUCUCGAUAUGGAAUUUUGAUGGACAUAUUGCAUAUGAAGACAUCAUUGAAGCAACCGAAGAUUUUGAUCUAAAAUAUUGUAUUGGAACUGGUGGUUACGGUAGCGUUUACAAAGUAAAAUUACCUAGUGGAAAAGUGAUUGCCUUGAAGAAACUUCAUCGGCUGGAGGCUAAGAACCCAACUUUUGAUAUGAGUUUUAGAAAUGAGGUAAAAGUGUUAACAGAGAUUCGUUAUCGAAACAUCAUAAAACUUCAUGGAUUUUGUUUGCAUAAGCGAUGCAUGUUUUUGGUUUACGAGUACAUGGAAAGGGGAAGCCUAUUUUGUAUCCUAAAUAGCGAUGUUGAAGCUAUGGAAUUGGAUUGGAGCAAGAGAGUAAACAUCAUCAAAGUUACUGCCCAUGCUUUAUCUUACAUGCAUCAUGAAUGCAUUCCAGCAAUUGUUCAUCGAGAUAUAACAAGCAACAAUAUUCUAUUGAACAAUAAACUAGAGGCUUUUCUCUUUGACUUUGGCACAACUAAGCUUCUUGAUUCUGACUCAUCCAAUCAAACGUUGGUUGUCGGCACUUAUGAUUACGUUGCCCCAGAGUUGGCCUAUACCAUGAAAGUUACUGAAAAGUGUGAUGUUUGUAGUUUUGGAGUUGUGGCACUUGAAGUAUUAAUGGGAAAACAUCUAACAAAAUUUAUGACUUCAUUAUCCUCAACUUCUUCUCAGAAUAUGAUGUUACAUGAAAUAUUAGACCAACAUUUACCACCUCCCAAUCAUCUGAUUGCACAAGAUAUUUUCCUCAUUGCUACAAUAGCAUUUGCAUGCAUACACACCAAACCAAAGUCUCGGCCUACAAUGCAAUGCGUGACUCAAGAAUUUCUUUCUCCAAAGAAAUCAGCCAAGUCUUUACAUGCAGUUUCACUAAGGCAGCUAAGAAAUGCAUAUGGUUGCAUGCAUGAGGGAAUAAAACUCAAUUAA